AUGACGAAGAUUAAAGUGGCUAACCCCAUUGUGGAGAUGGACGGUGAUGAACAAACAAGAAUCAUCUGGCAUUUGAUUAGGGAAAAACUGGUCUUGCCCUACCUUGAUGUGGACUUGAAAUACUACGAUCUUUCCGUGGAGUACCGUGAUGAGACCGAUGAUCGAGUGACUGUGGAGUCUGCCAACGCUACUUUGAAAUACGGUGUGGCCGUUAAAUGUGCCACUAUCACGCCUGAUGAGGCAAGAGUCGAGGAAUUUCACUUGAAGAAGAUGUGGAAAUCUCCCAAUGGUACCAUCAGAAACAUUUUGGGCGGUACAGUGUUCAGGGAACCUAUUCUUAUCCCCAGAAUUCCCAGGCUCGUGCCUCAAUGGGACAAGCCCAUCAUUAUCGGAAGACAUGCAUUCGGCGACCAAUAUAAAGCUACAGAUGUGGUAGUCCCUGAAGAAGGAGAAUUGAGAUUGGUUUACAAAUCCAAAAGUGGCAAGCAUGAUCUAGAUUUGAAAGUGUAUGAGUAUCCUGAAAAUGGUGGAGUGGCAAUGAUGAUGUAUAACACUACAGAUUCCAUCAGGGGGUUUGCUAAGGCCUCUUUUGAACUGGCUCUUGAAAGAAAGCUGCCAUUGUACUCCACUACUAAAAACACCAUUUUGAAGAAGUAUGAUGGGAAAUUCAAAGACGUUUUCGAAGCCAUGUAUGCCGAAGCUUAUAAAGAUAAAUUUGAAUCUCUUGGCAUCUGGUACGAACACCGUUUGAUUGACGAUAUGGUGGCCCAGAUGUUAAAAUCUAAAGGUGGUUACAUAAUCGCCAUGAAAAACUACGACGGUGAUGUGGAAUCAGAUAUCGUUGCACAGGGAUUUGGUUCUUUGGGGUUGAUGACGUCCUUGUUGAUUACUCCAGACGGUAAGACAUUUGAAAGUGAAGCCGCGCAUGGCACAGUGACAAGACACUUUAGGCAACACCAACUAGGGAAAGAAACUUCAACAAAUUCCAUCGCCUCCAUCUUCGCGUGGACAAGAGGUAUUAUUCAAAGGGGUAAGCUUGACAGCACUCCCGAUGUCGUCAAGUUCGGCCAAAUCUUGGAGAGCUCCACAGUGAACACAGUACAAGAAGAUGGAAUCAUGACUAAGGAUUUAGCAUUGAUUUUGGGUAAGACGGAAAGAUCUGCUUAUGUUACCACCGAAGAAUUCAUCGACGCUGUGGAAUCUAGAUUGAAGAAGGAAUUUAAGGCCGCCGUCUUCUGA